AUGGUAGAAAUGACCGCCGACCAUCAAAUCCCUGUCUUGACGACACGACUCGCCGUAGCCGUCCGCAAGAAACUGCUGGUAUUUGUAUGGAAAGACACCGAAUUUCACGAAACCAAAGAACUGAAUAUCCCAGAUCGGAUCAAAGCCAUGGCGUGGGUGGGCAAUACCAAGAUUUGUCUGGGAUUUGCGGCAGAAUAUGCUUUGAUGGAUGUGGAUCAAGACAAGUUGACGGAACUGUUCGCUCCUUCUGGACCAGCGGAACAGGGACCGAUGAGUACGCUUAAUAGUUUGUAUAAUACAAUGUCGAUUGGAUCCAGAGGAGGCAAGCCCAUGGUCACCAAGAUCCCCAAUAACGAGAUGCUGCUGGCACGCGAUCAUGUAAGCAUCUUUUUGGGAUUGGACGGCACACCAACGCGAAAAGUGGGUAUCGAAUGGUCUGGCGCACCGGAACAAAUGGUAGGCUAUUCGUAUCCCUAUGUGAUUGCAAUUCUACCGAAACAUGUCGAAGUACGCAACAUCCAAAGCCUUGCCCUGGUCCAACAGAUCGAAUUAUCCAGUGCAAGGUUCUUGAACCAGGGCAAGCUCGUCUAUGUUGCCAGCACAUCUCAAAUAUGGCGUCUGACGCCUUAUAGUUUCUCAACUCAGAUUGAUCAAUUGGUCGAGAAACAUGAGUACCAAGAAGCCGUCAGUUUACUUGACCAAAUCGACGCCGUAUUGGUAGAAAACAAAAAAGAAAAGCUGCGGUUGAUCCGAACCUUGUAUGCACACGAUCUGUUCCGACAUGGCGAAUACGACACUGCACUGAGCAUAUUCCAAGAACUGGAUACGGACCCAGCCGAUGUGAUUCGGCUGUACCCAGAGAUGAUUUCGGGCAGUUUGGCGAGCCAGCCCCCAGAGCAAGACAUUGAGGAAGAAUUAUUUCGACCUGCUAGUAUUAUAUCGUCGCGCAGUAAAACAACAACAACCACGACAGCGACAGGAGCUGAUAAGGGAGGAAAGAGCAUAGUGCCGUUGACAGGUUUGAAUUUACACGAUGCGGUCACGUAUCUGAUCCGGUUCUUGACCGAUAAGCGACAAAGGUUGUCGAAAAAGUUAUCUUCGUCAUCAUCUUCAUCCAAUGGUGCAGCAGCGACAAGUGGACAAGAAGGAGAAUGGUUACGGCAGGCAUCAUUGGUGGACACGGCGCUGCUCAAGUCGUACAUGAUGACAAAUGAUGCCUUGGUGGGUCCCUUGUUACGUGUGCAAAACCACUGUGAUGUACAAGAAUGCGAGACGAUCUUGUCGGAUAAAAAGCAACACACCCUGGGCUUAUCUAAAAAUAUGGUAUAUAGAUUAGGACAGCAGACCGAGGGCCCACUUCGCGGUGUACUUCCGACAAUCCGAUAUCUCCAGCGACUGGGACUGGACCAAUUUGACCUAGUCUUGCAAUACUCACGAUGGGUUUUGGAAAAGGAUCCUGUUCAUGGCAUGGAUAUUUUUAUCGAUGACUUGGCCGAAGUAGAGACAUUUCCACGCGACAAGGUCCUGCGCCAUUUAGAAUCCAUAUCGGGCGAUUUGGCGAUCCAGUAUCUCGAGUACAUUAUCCAUGAACUACGCGACACAUCACCGGAUUUCCAUAACCGGCUUGCUAUCGCAUAUCUGGACAAGAUUAUGAGCAUCGCCCAUGGGGAAGCAACAGGUAAAUCGACGCAUUACCGAGCGGAAAAAAUAUUGUUCCGCUUACCAAUGGAUGAUUUGUUCGAGGAACGUGCAAUAUUGCUUUCUCGCAUUGGACAACAUGACCAAGCGCUUGAUAUCUACGUAUACAAGCUCAAGAACUAUACAAUGGCUGAAGAAUAUUGUACAAAGGUUUAUCAAGAGGACCCAGACAAGGGCGAAAAAAUGUACCUGACUCUACUACGCGUUUAUCUCCAACCACGGCAUCACGAGAAGCCCCUGCUGGAACCGGCCUUGGAUCUACUGGCUCACCAUGGUUCCCAUAUCAACGCCUCUGAGGUGCUGGCCAUACUACCCCUGGCAACAAAGUUGCAUGGCCUGUUUCCGUUCUUUGAAAAGUAUAUUCGGGCGACAAACAAGGAAAGCCACAUGGAUGUGGUUGUCAAGAAUCUACUCAAGGCCGAGCAAAUUCAGGUGGAAGAGCAGUUGAUGUACUAUCAGUCGCGAGCUGUCAAAAUCACUGAAGAUCGGAUGUGUCCGCAGUGCAACAAGCGGAUUGGAAACAGUGUAUUUGCCGUAUUUCCUAGUGGCGUCGUUGUACAUUACUCGUGCAAGGAAAAGAUCGAGCAAACGCAAUGGAAGCUCAUGUAA